GCGUAACGUGUGGAUGUAUCUUCUCUCAUGCUGAUUUUUUAGAGCGGUUGGUGUCUUAAAUUGGAGUGAAACCCUCAUAUCGGGAGAUGUGUUUGUGAGUGUCCCUUCACGUCUGCUUGGCUACAAAGAAGAAAGAAAGAAGGUGAAAAGAUCGGUUCGUGUUGUAUUUAGCGUCUUAAGCGGUGGUUGUGCUGUUCAGAUCUGUACAUUGCAUACCUGCGGAUUUCUGCCUGGAAUUCGCUUCAUAUCGGCAGAAAUGGCCAAUGCAUCAUCUGGAAUUGCUGUGGAUAAUGAUUGCAAGCUCAAGUUUCUGGAGCUGAAGAGCAAGAGAACUCAUCGUUUUAUCACAUUCAAGAUUGAUGACAAGCUAAACAUGAUUACAGUGGACAAGCUCGGUAACCCUGGUCAGACUUAUGAUGAUUUUACUGCAGCUCUUCCUGAGACAGAGUGCAGAUAUGCAGUUUAUGAUUUUGACUUCGUAACUGAGGAAAAUUGCCAGAAGAGCAAAAUAUUUUUUAUUGCAUGGUCUCCUGAUACUUCUAAGGUCCGUAACAAGAUGCUUUAUGCAAGCUCAAAGGAUAGGUUCAGGAGGGAACUUGACGGGGUCCAAUGUGAAGUCCAAGCAACAGAUGCCUCUGAGAUCGGGAUUGAGAACAUUAGGGACAAAGCACGCUAAGCUACUUAGGGUUGAAUUGUAUGCAAUUUAGGCAGAGUGCGUAUCAGAAGUUUAUAGUUACUACCUGGGGAUCGGAUUGAUUCUUGAUGUUGUAAUGUGAUGUUUUAUUUCUUGUUUUGAGUUGGACACCAUUUAUCUUAAAUAGUGACAGCAGGUUGCUGGUAGGACAAUGACAAUAUAUAUAUGUGACUAUUUUGUAAUUUCAUUUAUCCCUUGUGACUUUCUAGAUGGGGAUUAAUUGGGUUGUUUUUUGGUAGUGUUUGCCUAUGGCCAAGAAGUCCACUGCCUCUACAGUGCUUCUCUGAAGGGGUAGAUAACAAAGCCUGUCAUGUUUAUAUUAAUCGAAUUAAGUACCAUUGUGUUA